AUGACACGUUCUAAGCGUUUUAGUAAGUUAUCCAGAAGUGGCACAUGGAUUUCUUUAGGAGCUAACAAUUUAGUACGACUUUUAGACAUAAAAUAUGAAAAUACAGAUUUUAUUGGCUCUUUGAAUGAAUCCAUAGUUGCUUAUAAUAAAUGUGGAGGCCUUAUAGCUAUCUAUCGCAAGGACGUAGCGGUAUCAGAAGAAAGGAAAAUUUAUCUCUACAAUAGUGUACUGCAUCCCCAUUGCAUUUCACCUUUUAUCACAGUGACAUACAAUGUCAUAUUUAUGUGCUGGAAUGAUUCCAACAGUAAUCUGAUAGUUAUGCUCAACAACAAAUCAAUACAUUUUUAUAAUUAUCGAGGGGAGAUCGCAUCACCUAGUAUUUCUAUCGACACACUGCCACAAUUAUUUGCUUCCACUGAAUCUGGAUUUGUUGGUCUUACUUAUUUUCGUGAAGAUUUUCGAGUAAACUUGUUAUUUCUUCUGUAUUCCGAGCGCGAUGGUUAUGUACUGAAAACAGUGGAUUUACCCUCGGGGGUUCAAAGGAUGCUUUCAACUUUUGCAAUGCUUGUUGUUCCGUCCCGACAAAGUGGUACAGGAUUUCCGGAGGUUUAUUUGCCAGCUAUGUCUACGUCUAUUUUCUCUGACAUUUGCCAUUGUGUACUUAGUCCGGUGUCAAAGUGCAGCAACUUGAACAUUUCUUUUUCAGGAGGGAAUAUUAGACAGUUUUCACUUUCCCCAGAUGGAAAUUGUGUAGCGCUCUUACUAGAGGAUGGAUCAAUUUACUGUACCAACAUAAACUUCGAUGAUACUGUUAAAAUAGGGCAUAUUGACUUUAAUAGGACACCUCAGCUAGCGUGGUGCGGCAAUAGAUGUGUUGCAUGUUUAACAGUAGGGAGCGUUGAAGAUAGUGGGAUGGAGUCAUCUGCAACUUUAUUCCUUAUUAACCCGGAUGAUCCUGAGGCGUUGGACUGUGUUUACGAUUUACCAUCCGAUACCCUUCUGCUACAAGAGUGUGAUGGCCUUCGUUUAAUUGGUAGUACACUUUAUCAAUUUUUACAGGUCAUAUCUCUUGAGGUAUGCCGAGUUUUUUCGGUCGGAUCGUGUGCCUACGGUGCAGUUUUAUUAUCUACAUAUGAUGAAUAUAUAGCAGGAAAUGCGGCAGCUGUUACUAUGAUUCGAGAAAUUCAGAAAAAUGUUGAUGAAUUAGUCGAAGCGAUCAAUGAUUGUGUUGCAGCAUCCAAUCAUGAAUUAGAUGUUACUCAGCAAAAGAGAUUGCUUCGUAUCGCAGCUUUUGGAAAGUCGUUUUGUCCCGUUUACGGUUCAGAUUUUUUCGUGAGCACCGUACAGAAGCUUCGGGUUAGAAAUACCCUACGAAAUUGUUCAGCCGGAAUGCUCUUGACUCAUGAACAACUCUGUUCGCUUGGUGACGAAAAGCUUAUCGACAGACUUGUUUGCUGUGAUCAGUACCAAGUGGCCUACUCAAUUUGUGAUAGCUUAGGCAUCCAAUGCGAUGAUGUUCUAAAUAGAUGGGCUUUAGCUAAGCUCAAAAACAGUAGGAAAAGUACAUUACCGGAAAAGGAAGUUGCCAAUUUAAUUGUUCAGAAGCUAAAGAAAUUCAAUCGACCCUUGUUUUCCGAGUUGGCAAGACUUGCAAAUAUGAGUGGUAAUAGACUUGCGGCUCUUGUUUUUCUGAAAGCUGAAGCAAAUCCUUCGCGAAAGGUGCUGAUGUUUCUUACCAUUGGCGAACCUGAAUUGGCAUUAGAAAGCGCUGUAGCCACAAGUGACACCGAUCUCAUCUUUACUGUUGUAUCGCAUUUGAUGGAAACCAGAAGAGUCCAGUCGAUACCACUUCUGGAAGCUUUCGAAGACUCAAAAGCUUUAAUUUUUCAAUAUUCAUUUGCUAGUGAAGUCAACCGCGAGGUUAUGGAUUCAUUCUUUGAAAGGAAUCCUCGAUAUCAGAUUGUCAUUAGCUUGCAUAAAUAUUUCCAAGAAGAAAAGCGAUUACGAUCUUCACUUGGAAAUUCGAGACUUCGUGCUGAGGUCCAAUGGGAAAUGCUCCAAGAAUGCAAGAGUACAGCUAUCCAACAAACCAUUGUACUCUCGUCGAGGGAAUCUGAUCAAACUGCCCAUUCUAACACUCAUGGUUUUAAUAAGCUAUUUUCACCUCUUUUAAAUUCGAGCGAAAUUACAUCUCUCUCGGACUCCAGCGUGAAAUCUCUCCGCAUUCAUUUAUCAGCUAUUGAAGAGCAAACUCAUCUUAUGAAAGAGUUUGACGACGAUCGCUUUUUGACUGCUAGCAUAGUCGAUAUGAUACGUUUAGUUCUUGAGCGUGGGCGGCAAUCCACUGCAGAAAAGUUAAAAAUAAAAUUCAACAUUCCUGACAAGACGUUUCAGUGGUGUAUGUUGAAUGCUUUCUCAAGAACAGGGCAAUGGUUGUUGAUUGACGAACUUGGGACCAAACCACAAACACAGCUUUUGAUCGGUGCGGAGAAUUUUGUUAGUGUUUUAUUAUCAUACAAUCGCCCACAGCAAGCGAAGCGGUACAUUCCUCGCGUGCCGCUAAUCGAGCGAAGGAUGGAGUAUUACGUCAUUUGUGAGGAUUGGUUAGCCGCAGCCACUGAUUGUCGCCGCAAUGGUGAUACCAAUUUACUGUCUCAGCUUAGGGAACGCACCAAAGGAAAUCAAAAGAUAUUAGACCAAAUUGAUCAAGGAUGGAACCAACAACCAAAACCAGCAGGCCUUAAUUUUAGCAGGCUGUUUAUUUAA